UCAGUUCCCAAGUAUUAUCUUUUUCUCCCAAAAUUCUUCUUUUUCUCUUUUUUUGCAGAGCAAAGCUCCUCAGUUCCCAAGUAUUAUCUUUUUCUCCCAAAAUUCUUCUUUUUCUCUUUUUUUUUGGUAAAGUUUUCUUUUUCUCAUUGUUCCCAUGAGUCAUUAUUACAAAGCAAGCUUUUGCAAGUCUUUGGAGAAAUCCCAAGUUCCUAAAAUUUGCAUGAUCCCUUACUCUACUAGUUGUUCCGACUUCUGAGUCUUUUGAGGUUCAAGCUUUAGCACCUGGGAGCACAGGUGCCGGAGUUUUGAUCUCCUGCGAUUGAUUCGAGUUUUGAUUUCUGAUAUAAAGUUGGGAUUUGGAGUCCAUGAGUUUGAUCACUUCUCAUGGGGCUUUUGUAUAGGAAACCUGUGAACUCUCUUUGUUCUUGGCUGUAGAUGAUACUGAUCUAGCAGCUUUUAGUCUCACUGAUAAGCUUGAUUUGGAACGAAUCUCGUUCUCUCUCUCUCUCUCUCUCUCUCUCUCUCUAGAUCUCUCUUUUUCCCCCUUCCUGAUUUAGUGAUAAAAGAUGUCUUGGUUUCUUGGUAUUUUGAAAUUCAUUUUUGGGGGUGGGGAAGAAAAUGAAACUUCAGGUAGAAGAAACCCUCCUUACUCUGAUAAUGGCAGAAAAUCAGUAAAUCUGGGGGUUUCUAAUUCGGGUGUGGCAGAUUCCUCAAAAUUUCCUAGGGUACCAAACAGUUUUACUCCAACAACUUCUCAGUCUUCAAUUAGCCAUAAUAGAAGUUCUGUAGAUUCUGGGAUUUCUCACUAUAUUGUGGCUGACAAGGAUAUAGCUUCUAUUUAUGUGAUUCCUGAUAGUAUUAAAGAUAUGAUAAAAAAGGACAUUGUACCUGAAGUUCUCAAGAAGCCUUUAUCCCCAUCGACUUACAGGGACUACUUUGCUGCUUUGCUAUAUGCAGAGGACUUCUAUGUUGAGAAGUGGUGCAAUUUCUGUUUAUCCAAUGUCAACUUGGAGUUGCACAAAGCGUCCAUCUAUAAGAAGUCAAACAAGAGCAAAAAUUUGGAUGAAAGUGAUGAACAUGAAGACAAAAUGAUGGUAGCCUUUCAGAUUGAUUUGAUUCCUGAGAAGCGGCCUUUCCUUUUAUCUAGAGACUUUGUCUUUGUACGGCCUUCAGGCAAGAAUGUUGAGCCAUUCCAGGGGAUUCUUUACCGAGUGGUGAAGAGCACACUUGUUUUGGCUGAGUUCGGAUACGAUUUUUAUGCUCAACAUGCAGAAAAUUGCAAAUAUGACAUUAGCUUCUCAUUCAAUAGAGUCUGUUUAAAGCGGAGCCAUCAAGCAGUUACGGCUGCAAUGGGCUCUUUGUUCCAGAGCUUCCUAUUUCCUGAUCAGAUAGAAAGAAUCAACAACACUGCAUUGUCUUCGUCUUUCUCUUCUCAUCUAAAUCUUGGUCGGGACCAGACCAUGGCUACCACACUGAUAACAAGGCUCACAGGUCCACCACCUUUUCUCAUUGAAGGGCCAGUCUGUGUUUCUGCAGGACGAUUAUCAAAAACUGGGUUGGUCAUUCGAGAUGCAGUCCUUAAGAUAUACAGAACCUCUCCACGCUGUCGAAUACUGAUAAAUGCACCAACAAACAGCACAUGUGACCUGUUUCUAAGAAGCUUGACGGAUGUAAUUCCAGAGUCAGAAAUGUUUAGAGCAAAUGCUGCCUUCCGAGAGCUUGAUGGUGUACCCUAUGACAUCCUUCCUUCAUGUGAAUACAAAGGUGAAUGCUUCACUUGUCCUUCACUUACGGAGCUUUCAAACUUUAAGGUGAUCCUGUCAACUUUUGUAAGUAGCUUUCGGAUCCACAGUGAAGGCAUACAACCUGGCCAUUUCAGUCAUAUUUUUCUGUUAGAUGCUUCUUCAGCUACUGAACCAGAGACUAUGGUGACUCUGGCUUUUCUUGCUGAUGAGAAGACAUCAGUUGUGGUCACCGGUGCUCUUGGGAACUCCUCGGGUUGGGUGCGCUCUGAUAUUGCUCGUAGGUAUGGAUUGAAGAAAUCAUAUUUUCAGAGACUUUUGGAGAGCAAGCCAUACAAUAACCUUGAUGGUAUGUUUGUUAUGCAUCUUGCGGACGACUAUCCAUAAGAUUCUGUUUAAUGUCAGCUUGUUAUAUUUUGGAUGUCACUCAUUUGAAAUGUUUUAUAUGAGCCUUGAGUUUAACAUGGAUGACUCUCAACAAGGACCAAUCAGGAUAUCUUGAAGAUGUGGUUUUACUUGGGGUAGUCCUGGUGUUUUGCAUGGUUUGGUCUAGUAUUUAAAAGGGACAUGUUUCUCCUACAGUUACUUCAGUGUGGAUAUCUUUCUCUUCUGUUCAUAAUGAAUACUGAAAUGGAACUUAUGGAUAUUUGGCCUUUUCUAA